AUGAAGCAGCUGACGAAUAUAAACAAAGGGAAUGUCAAUAGGAUACCUCUGAGAGUUGCAGAAAGUGCCUGUGAUUUAGUUAUAAGCACAAUGGAUGUUGAUGGUUCUUCUUCUGCUGGCGAAAACCGCCAGAAUCAUGGAGAGAUAGAUCAAAAUCUUCUUUUGCAAUUCAGCUGUAUGAAUACUACUGAUAGGGAAGAGCUCAUUGGACAAAUGCAAAGGCUAUUAGGACCUAGUUUAAAUUAUAAUACUGCUAGCUUUUUUUUGGAUAUGAGUAAUUGGAACCUUCAAGCUGCAAUAUGUUGCUAUUUAGAUUAUAGCUUACCUCCAAAACUACCAUCCAUGUCAUUAAAAGCAGCACAAAGUCAAGAAUCUGCAGUGGGUCCUGCAACUUAUUUUGAACAAAAUUGGAGUAUUGCCAACACAGGAACUGAAGCAUGGCCUGGCAGCUGUAGGUUAAUACAAGCAGGUGGGGAGCCUCUUGGAGCAACACCAGUAUAUGUACCACCUUUACCUCCAGGACAUUCCACUAAUAUAACUAUGAAAUUGCAAGCUCCAAGUGUUGCAGGUGUACAUAGAGGAUAUUUUCAUUUGGUAACAGAAAAAGGAGAACAAGUAGGCGAUACAUUAUGGGUGGAAAUUACAGUAGAAUCUGAAGUCACAAUGGCUCUAGCAGAGCAAUUAGCCGCCUUACCCAUACCAAGUAGUAGAUUGGACGAAUCAGUACCUCAGGUGCCACCUCAAGAUGACCAAAUGUGU